AGGCAGCCCUUCUCUCCGUCUCUGCCUCCGCCAUUCUUGGGCUCUGCGAGGUCCUUCGGGGAACCCUAAAAUCCUUUUUCUUCUUCCUGUUUUCAUUCCUCUUCUCUGAAGAUGACCAAGGGGCCUGGGCUCUUCGGCGACAUUGGGAAGAAGGCGAAGGAUCUGCUGACGAAGGACUAUAGCUAUGACCAGAAAUUUACUUUUUCGACGCACAGUGCCGUCGGCCUGGGCCUCACCUCUACUGCAGUGAAGAAAGGAGGAAUUUCAUCUGGUGAAAUUGCCACAGUCUACAAAUAUGAGAAUGGCAUUAUUGAUGUCAAAGUCGACACAGAAUCCAAUAUUUGCACCACGAUCACAGUUUCAGAAAUUUUACCUUCCACAAAGACCAUUGCGAGCUUCAAGCUGCCUGAUUACAAUUCUGGCAAGAUUGAACUGCAGUAUUUCCAUGACCAUGCAACUCUCAGUACGGCUGUUGGUUUGAAUCCAUCUCCCCUUAUUGAUCUCUCAGCAACAUUCGGCACAAAAAACUUUGCGGUGGGUGCUGAGACAGGUUUUGAUACAACUGCUGGUACCUUCACAAAGUACAAUGCUGGCAUCAGUAUCACGAAGCCAGAUUCUUGUGCUUCAAUAAUUCUAGCAGAUAAAGGUGACGUUCUCAAGGUGGCCUACGUGCAAAGCAUUGAUCAGUUGAAAAGGACUUCAACUGUUGCCGAGAUAUCGAGGAAGUUCUCCACUAAUCAGAACACUUUCACAGUUGGUGCAUCCCAUGCCAUUGAUCCACUGACCCUGGUCAAGGCUCGCCUGAAUAACCAUGGGAAGCUCGGUGCGCUCCUGCAGCAUCAGUUGAAGUCAGCAUCAGUGCUUACUCUCUCUGGGGAAUUCGAUACUAAGUCUCUGGAGAAAAAGCCCAAGUUUGGACUGGCCUUGGCUCUCAAUCCAUAAGUUGAUUUUUGUGAGGUAAGAUUAGGACAUCAAAAUUUCUGCCCAUUUUUAAAUCAGUGAUGUUCGGCUGAGUAACUCAAUAAAUGUAUUUUGAAUUCUUACAAAGUCGAGCCGUUUGAAAUUUGGACUUUUCAGGGUCCAAGCUCGGCAAUUUUUCUUUUGGAAGUUCUGAACGGCACCAUGUUUGUAAAACCGGUUUCUAUAUGUCUAGGCAUUGUUCGGGAUC